AUGGAGCCGGCAGACACGGAGAGCAAAGAGGAGCAAGCGCCCCAGAGGCUCACGGAGGACGCGAGGAGCCCUUGCGGCUCCCAGGUUCCCCAGGCCUCGGGCGACUCCUCGCAAGCGGCCACGUGCUCCCGCGAGCCCCCUGGGCAGCCCCUGCAGCUGCGGCCCCUGCGUGGCAGAACCUCAGGCUGUCAGAGCCCCUGCAUCCUGCCAGGAGCCUCUGCAAUCUCUGACAGCCUCCACCCCUCGCAGAGGCUCAGUGAGACCUGUCAGCCUGCAGAAGGUGCAGAGCCCGUGGACAGGUCUCCCAGCUCCCUUGGACUCGCGGACUUCAACAACACGGGCCCAAUCCUGACCAUUGACGUGGCAGGGGAAAGCCCAGAAGUCCAAAUGGGAGCCCAGCCCGAUGCAGGGGAGCCGUCUCAGGAGCAGCUGGCGGAGCAGCAAGCGUCCUGGAGCCGGCAGUGGUCAUCCCACAGCGGCCAGGACGCUGUGCCGGUUGUGCCAGCUGGCGACAGCUCGAGCCUGGUGGUGGAGACCAGCCUCCAGACACCAAGGAGGUUCCUCCAUCUCCAGGAAGCUGCCCCAAGAGAGCCCUCGACUGCCAGGAAGGGCUUUCUAAUAGCAGCUGCUCCUGGGACGCCCCUGUGUGAAGCCUCGGGCUGUAGCCCCGGCCCUCGUCAAGAGGAGAGUCCAGCCCACGAUGCCGGGGACGACGACGGUGCCGCCCUGCCCCGCUGCACUGGAGCUCCUGCAGCCGCCUGUGCGCGCGGCCCUGGCCCAGCUCUGCCGCUCGCCGGCCCGUCGGCCGCCGGGCGGCAGCCACUGCCCGGCGCGCAGCAGGAAGCAGGGCAAAAGAAGCAGCUGCAGGAGCUGUACCAGCUGGGCCCGCAGCUGGGCAGCGGUGGCUUCGGCACCGUUUUCUCGGGCAUCCGCCUCUCCGAUGGGAGCCCGGUGGCCAUCAAACGUGUGGCCCGGCAGAGCGUCCUGCAGUGGGUCGAGCUGCCCGACGGCACCCGCGUGCCCAUGGAGAUCGUGCUUAUGGAGAAGGUGGGCUCUGACUGCCACAACAUCAUCCAGCUCCUCGACUGGUUUGAGCUGCCUGACAGCUUUGUGCUGGUGAUGGAGCGUCCGGAGGCAUCGCAGGAUCUCCUGCAGUUCCUGCAGGAGCACGAGUUCCUGUGCGAGGAGAUGGCGCGCUGGCUUUUCUACCAGGUGCUGGAGGCCGUGCGGCACUGCACCGCCUGCGGCGUCCUGCACCGGGACAUCAAGCCAGAGAACCUCCUCGUGGUCCCGGAGAGUGGCGACCUGAAGCUCAUCGACUUCGGUUGCGGCACCUUCCUCCAGGAGCAGGUCUUCACGCGGUUUGCCGGAACGCACGCGUACAGCCCGCCCGAGUGGAUCUGCCUUGGCUGCUACCACGGCCAUGGGGCGACCGUCUGGUCCCUGGGCGUACUGCUGUACGUCAUGGUCUGCGGGAGCCUCCCCUUCAGGGACGACCAUGACAUCGUGCUGGGGCAGCUCUUCUUCUGGCAGCAGGUCUCUCCAGAGUGCCAACAUCUGAUCCAGUGGUGUUUGGCCAAGCACCCUGAGGACAGGCCAGAGCUGGAGGAGAUCUUGCGCCACCCUUGGGUGCAGGGCAGGCGUUUUUGAUGCCUUGCCGGAGCCUCUGCAGCACCCGCUUUCCGAGUCCCACGCAGGACUGAGGACCCCACAAAUAAAACAACAAAUCCAA